AUGGAGGAAGAACUCCAGCAGCUACGCACAAAUGCGUCAUCAGACUUGAUGACGGAUGAGGAUUUCAUCGCCACUAUCGAAUCGAUGGGUGUCGAGGCUCAGGAACGGGAAAUUAAUGAUUUGUUGAAAGCAAUGCACGAGAAUCGAAUUGUCUCGUGGGAUGAGGCUGAGCGCAUUCUAAUGGAGACCGAUCAGACACCAAUCAAAUGUAGCUUACCAGAACAGACAAGACCCACAGAGCCAGAUAACGAAGUGGAUGUCGAUCAGUGUAUUAAAAAACUUCUCGACAAUGAUCCAUCGUUGAAAGAAAUCAAUUUGAAUAAUAUGAAGAGAACCCCUGUCCCAGCCAUCAAACGGCUACUAGAAGCAUUGGCUUAUAACGAACACUGUGAAAGAAUUUCUCUGGCCAACAUGGGACUAUACGAUCAUGAUAUCAACGUCCUUGUCACAGUCAUUGAAAUGAACCAGGCUAUCAAAAAAGUGAACCUGGAGACAAAUUAUUUGAGUGGAGACUUCUUUUCAAAACUUUUCAAAGCCGCACUUGUCAACGAAUCGGUUGAAGAGAUCAAGGCAGUAAACCAAGGAGUCUCAUUCUCAACGCAAUCUGAAAAAGAAAUCAUUGAUGCGAUUGUAAAGAAUCAUGGACUCACAAAAAUUUCCAUUAAUUUCCGAUUACCCGAAGGAAGGCAUAAGGUGGAGAAUGCAACAUUGCGAAAUGGAGAGCUCAAACGAAUAAAACGACGAGAAGCUGCUCAAAAAGCGCGAUUGGAAGCCGAGGAACUUGCUAAAAAUCCAGUGCCAAAAUUGGCACCGGAGCCCAAAAAGGCAGAGCCGGAGGCCAAGAAAAUUGCUCCAAAGAUUCCCAUCGCUCCAAAGUCCUUGGUAUCUCCCGAACCUAGACCUUCUGCCGCUUCAAAAGCAGCUCCAGUGGUUGCCACUGCUCCACCAAAUUCUACGAUUCUAAUGAAGCAGUUAUCAUUCCAAAGGGCAAGUCGAGAAUCUGAAGAGGACACGGAACUGGUUGCUCCACCUCCUGCUCCGGAACCACCGAAGAAGCUGGCGAUUCCCAAGACUUUUAUGAAGAAGGAAGAAACUCCGACGCUUCAGAAGGUUGCGAAGAGGCCAACACGACAGUGGGAACCAAAGAAACAGGAGUCGUUGGAGAAGGAAGAGGAACAGAAGAAACCAGAAGUCAUGAAGAAAGAAGAGGUUAAGCCAGCUCCAAAGGAAGAUGAUAAGCUUCCUGCUAAAGUUGAGAAGAAACAUUGGGAACCGAAAGUUGCUCCCGUCCUGGAUGGAUAUGCUCCGAUCCUUGAUGUAUCUGGAAAUGCAGCAGCCACAACUGCGAAACCCAUACUUGACGGUGCAGCUGCUAAAGUAAGAAGGCCGCCUAUCACAGCUAAAAACAUUUGGGAGCAAAGAAUGGCGAAGAUCGAGAAGAAAGAGGAAAAGAAGAAACCGUUACUUUCGAUUCAAAAAAUCAGAGAAAUGGAGAAAAAGGAUGAGAUCAAAAAAGAAGAGGAUGACAGGUUGGAGCAACUUUUGAAGAAGGAGAAAGAGCCGAAACGAUUGAAUAACGAGCAUAAGAAGCUUUUUGAAAAUGGGACAACUGCAGAAAAGCCAGAAAAACCAGAGAGACGACACGUACAGAAGCUUGUUGCGAAGAAGCCAAACUCGAUUCUGAAUCAGUUGGAAUCGACGAAAAUAGAAGGAGAAAAGAAAGAAGAGACAAGGCCGACUACAGUAAUCCGAAGAACUGUAAUGAGGAAAAAAGAGGAGCCACCAAAGGAGACAGAAGCUAAAGAAGUUGAAAAACCAAAAAGGAGAUUGGUUCGAAAGAAAAAGGUUGUGGAGGAAGAUGCAAAUGGGACCAACGGACAUCAACAUCAUUUGACAAGUGCUCCACCACCGCAAGCGGUGCAUUGA